AUGCCCUCCGCGCCCUUGCAUGGCUUGGGAGAAGUUGGUAAAAUCCCGGUUUCAAGGACUCCUAUUCCCUUGUGGUACCUUGGUCUUGAUGGGUUUAUUGGAUGUUCCACAUAUGCAACCACGAUCGAGCGUCAUCGCUGGGCCAGACUUGCGCCCCCUGACGAAGCGGAAUUCCAGGGUCGCACAUGGGUUUUGCGAGAUGGGAGGUCUGUGGCUGUCCCUGUAAGAGAAAAGUCCUAUCUAUCAACUCCCUUGCCCUCGGUUUCUCGAUAUCAUUGGUCUUCAGCAUGUUCGACUAGGUCCAAUGCCCGUAGUUUAUCCAGUGUUCCCCACAACGGUACAUUUCUCGACUGGGGAGAGCCAGAAAAUUAUGUAUCUGUCGAAUUCGGGUGUCUAGAAACUUUUCCAGGCCGUUUUCGAAGACCCAUCGAAGCCUCGAAGGAAGCGCUCGCAGCUAAGUCUGCUCCGAUAAGCGUAAUAAUACCCAGAGACGGCUUAACCUGCAUGCACCGCGCACAGUGUGCAGGCUCCGUUGUUAUUCCAGAUUCGCUCGAAGAACCUGGGUGGUCUCUCAGCAACCUGAGUGGGGAUGAAAUUUCAACCGAGACUGCGAAAUGA